UAUGAGCCCAGCAGCAGUAUUGGGUUUGGUUUUGGCCAGUGGAAUAGUCUGUUUCAUAUCUUCAUUUUUUUUAAGAGUAUGAACAGCAAUAAAAAUCUGUUUGAGCCUAAGUUCUUGUUAGAUUUGUGGACUUUUUCUACUGCAUUAUCAAUUUAAUUCUUGCCUGUUCAUAGAAUAUUCAUCUAGUGUGUGUUGUGGUCUUCUCUCAAGACUUUAACUAUUGUCAUCAACCACUUCCUGACAAAGCAUGUUGCUUCAAGCUGAUAUGAUGAGGGCUAGCUAGAACUCUGAAGAGGCAAGUUACUUGGCUUCAGUGGAACGAGGAAGAAAGUGGCAGUCUGAGGAUUCUACAGUCAGAUUUUCUUCCUGGAUGUUUCUUCAACUGUCUUGUGAUGGAAGGGAAAUAUUUUUGAAGUUAUAAUGGAUUUUACACAACGUCAUAACGAAAACUGGCCUAAUAGCAGCAUUUCUGUUUGAAGAGAAUAAGCAUAAUUACAAAUAAUCAUGACAACUUCUCAUAUGAAUGGACAUAUCGCAGAAGAUUCUGACAGUGAAGCAAAAAAUGUGGAUCUUGCAUCUCCUGAGGAACCUCAGAAGCACAGAGAAAUGGCUGUUGAUUGCCCUGGGGAUUUGGGCUCCAGGAUGAUGCCGAUGCGGCGGAGCGCUCAACUUGAGCGAAUCCGUCAGCAGCAGGAGGACAUAAGGCGGAGACGGGAAGAAGAAGGAAAGAAACAAGAACUGGACCUUACUGCUUCCAUGAGGCUAAAGAAACUAGCGCAAAUUCCUCCUAAAACUGGAAUAGAUAAUCCAAUAUUUGACACAGAAGAAGGAAUUGUUUUGGAGAGUCCUCAUUAUGCUGUGAAGACACUAGAAGUGGAAGAACUGUUAACUUCUCUUAAGCAUAUCCAGCACAUUUUGGUAGACCCUCAGAGCCAAGAGGAUAUCUCUCUCAUUUUACAGCUUGUUCAAAAUACUGAUUUUCAGAAUGCAUUUAAGAUACACAAUGCUGUUACAGUGCACAUGAACAAAGCUAGCCCGCCAUAUCCUCUCAUCUCCAAUGCACAAGAACUAGCACGAGAGGUACAGAGUGUUUUGAAACCCAGUCACCAUAAGGAUGGGCAGGAGCUUAAUGCUUUGCUGAAUGCCCCUCACAUGCAGGCGCUUUUACUGGCUCAUGAUAAGGUUGCGGAACAAGAAAUGCAACCAGAGCCUGUGACAGAUGAAAAGAUUUAUGAGAAUGUUGGUGUGUAUGGAGGGGAGACAGUUAAAAUAGUUCGCAUUGAGAAAGCUCGGGAUAUUCCAUUGGGUGCUACUGUUCGCAAUGAAAUGGAUUCUGUUAUCAUUAGUCGAAUAGUGAAAGGAGGUGCUGCAGAGAAGAGUGGGCUGUUACAUGAAGGGGAUGAAGUUCUGGAGAUUAAUGGCAUCGAGAUUCGUGGAAAAGAUGUUAAUGAAGUUUUUGACUUGUUGGCUGACAUGCAUGGUACUCUGACCUUUGUAUUGAUUCCCAGUCAGCAGAGCAAGCCACCUCCUGCGAAAGAGACGGUUAUACACGUGAAAGCGCAUUUUGACUAUGAUCCCUCUGAUGACCCUUAUGUCCCCUGCCGAGAGUUAGGCCUAUCUUUUCAGAAAGGAGACAUACUCCAUGUGAUCAGCCAAGAAGAUCCAAACUGGUGGCAGGCUUACAGAGAUGGAGAUGAAGAUAACCAGCCAUUGGCAGGCCUUAUCCCUGGAAAAAGUUUUCAGCAACAGAGAGAAGCAAUGAAGCAAACCAUAGAAGAAGACAAGGAGCCAGAAAAAUCAGGAAAACUCUGGUGUGCGAAGAAAAACAAAAAGAAACGGAAAAAGGUUUUAUACAAUGCAAAUAAAAAUGAUGAUUAUGACAAUGAGGAAAUUUUGACCUAUGAGGAAAUGUCACUGUAUCAUCAACCAGCAAACAGGAAACGGCCUAUUGUUCUGAUCGGCCCACAGAACUGCGGCCAAAAUGAAUUGCGGCAGAGACUUAUGAAUAACGAAGUUGAUCGCUUUGCCUCUGCAGUUCCCCAUACUACUCGGAGCAGGCGAGAGACUGAAGUAGCUGGCAGGGAUUAUCAUUUCAUUUCCCGCCAGGCCUUUGAGAGUGACAUAGCUGCAGGGAAGUUCAUUGAAUAUGGAGAGUUUGAAAAGAACCUCUAUGGUACUAGCAUAGACUCUGUGCGGCAAGUAAUCAACUCUGGCAAGAUAUGCCUUUUAAAUCUUCAUACCCAGUCACUGAAGACGCUACGUAAUUCUGACUUGAAGCCAUAUAUUAUAUUUGUUGCACCACCUUCACAAGAGAGAUUACGUGCUUUAUUGGCCAAAGAAGGGAAAAACCCAAAGCCAGAAGAGCUGAGAGAAAUCAUAGAAAAAACAAGGGAGAUGGAACAGAACAAUGGCCACUACUUUGAUACAGCAAUUGUGAAUUCUGAUCUUGAUAAGGCGUAUCAGGAGUUACUUCGGUUAAUAAACAAACUUGACACAGAACCCCAGUGGGUGCCCUCUACCUGGCUACGAUGAGAGAGCAAUUCCAAGGGACAAACGGACUUCAAUCUAGUAAUCUUUCCAAGGAGAUCGUGUGUAGGUCUGCACAAUUCUAGUAUAAAUAUGUGUGAGCUCUAGACUUCAGUGGCUGCAUCCUUUGCCAGUGAAAUGGCAUAUUACUGAAAAAGUACGCUUAUCAGCUGGUGAGCCGAUUUAACUGAUGUAAAGAUUGUCCAAGUUUUUUUCCUCUGUGGUCUAGAAACGGAGACCUUGUCAGUACUAAAUUCUAAAGCUUUAGAUAAUUUUUUUUUCUAGCAACUACUUUUAUACAUAAAACCACCUUUUUUACCUAGAAUCACCCUUAUGAAAUCGAAGAUUUUAAGUGUGUGUGUGUGUAUAUACAGUCCAUGCUGUCACUUAGUUAUAAAUAUGAAUGUUAUUUAAUACUUAACUUAAUGACUUUGUGGGACAUGAUGGUAGUUCAGGAGCAUAAUUCUACGGAUCAUUGGGCGGAGAAAUAAUCUACACAUGAAAAACAACAUUAAUAUUAAUGAGAAAUCUCUCCUGUUUAAAAAAUACACAGAAUGAAGAUGCUGCUCUGGUCUGGAGCUGCCCUGUGAGGCUUGAGUUAAUACUUUAAUUCUCAAACAUUCCACUUUCUAAUAGCACUGUAAUUGGAAAAUGUGUAUAAUGUAAAUAUUUCUAUCCUUGUGUCUUUUUAGUCAGACUUUUUAAAUUUGCCUGCGCAUUAAUUUUAGGUCCAAAGAUUAAUAUUAUAUUGAUCUUUUAGAUGUGAUAUUUUUAUGGAAUGUUCUUUAAAACAUAUUGACUGAUUGGAGCCGCUGUUUUCUACAGAUCUGUAGAGAUAUUUAGAAAGGCAGAGGUUAUAUUUUUGUGAAAAAUAUAUAGUUAUAAGACAUGCUGCUUAAAAGUCAGCUUAAGUUCUCAUGUUUUAUAACAGAAUACUGACUAAAAUAGACUGAUAUGCUGAACAUAGGAAGAUAGUGGGGUUUUUUAAUCUCUGCAAUUGGUUCAUCUUGUGGCUGUUGGUCUAAUGGAUAACUAACUGGAAUUAAAAUAGCUGAACGUAGCUACUGUUUUAUAAAUGAGUAUUGUAAUUCAGUAGCCAACAUAUAGUCCUGCAUUUGCUCAGUACUGGAGUGAAAGUAUGUGUAAAACACUGGUAACUGACUGAGAAGUCACAAGAAAGGGGAAUAUUUGUAAUAAUUAAAACAAAAAACUUGAAACAAGUGAACAAAAGGCAAGGUCUGUCUGUAUCCUAGUGUGUUCUGCAAAGCAGAUCGUAACAUCUCUGCAUCCUUAAAUGAUUCUGAGCUGUGAAGGUUUAACUACUAAGGCUACGUGCCUGCAAUAGGGCUGUUCUAUCACUGAAGCUAACUGAAUAGUAGUAUUUUGGCUGUUUUGGGUUUGGGUAACACAAAGAACCUUGACUGUGAAUAUCUCUUAACUUUAGCCAUAGUGUUUCUUUGUUCCUACAGGUAAAACACUGGAGUUGUGUCAAUGUGUAAUUCACUCCUGUAUAAUGCGCAAGGAUGAAAAAGUAGUUGAUUAUUUCUAUUGUCUUGCAUAUAUUCUUUCUUCAAAUGUUAAUGGAACAAAUUCACACCCAUAGUUAGAGAGCUCCAAGCAUAAAGCAGAUAUAAAGAAAUUGUCAGAUAACUAUCCUAGUUACUGAACUAACAUUCAGUGUGUUUUUGUAUUGAAAAAUGGAAGUAUAGAGUGCAUUCCUGUCUCGUUAGAAAGCAAUAUUAUUUGCUGGUUUAAUAUUUAGGGCUGAAAAGCAAUUAAGCAAUUAGUGGGGAUAAGUAAUGACUCUUCAGAAAGAAAAGGGGUUGGAAACUUUAAUAUUUUUAGUUCAAUUCAGUGUUAGAAAUACUAAUGUGCUGGCUGUUGGCCUAAGGGCUGGAUAUUCAAAAUAAUGGCUUUUUGCCUCACAUUGCGGGCAUGUUCUCAGUUUAAUCCAUAGUUUAUGACAACUACAAUGUUCAGGUAUAUUGGAUAGUCAGUGUUUCAUGACAAAAUAUUUUAUCAAUUCUACCCUUUUUUAAGAAAGAUUAUUGUAGAUGUAUUAGGCUUUUUGAUAUUGACUCUUUCAUAGCUGGACAAGAAGGUGGAAAGCAGUACAAUGUGUUUGUUAAGGGUAACUUAGCUCAGCUACGUAGGUACUGUCCAAAUUCUCGUAGUCACAAUCAGCUCAAGAUGGUUGCUGAACCCUCUUAGGUAUUCAGUGUUCGUAGGCUGUGUCAGUCACAGUAAAUCAUGCCAUUAAUGCAUUCGACUAAUGUUUGUCUCCCCCAUUUUUCUGAAAUGGUGUACAGAAGCUGUUUUUAUACAAAUAAGCUUUUGAAUGUAGACUUAAAGAAUGUUGCUUGAAGUUCAGCUCUACUCCCUUAAUUCCCAAGGCACACAGUACUCGCUGACAUCCAUGUAGAGAGGUGCUAUGAUAGUUUAUAACCAAUGUUAGCUUUGUCUCCUGCUGAAAGGAAAGGCUUGAGCAGCACUGAGAAAUGUACCUGGCUGUCCAUCUGCUGCCAGCUUGGACCUGGAACUACCUUGUGUAAGAAAUUGUUCUGCCUUCUUUAAUGAAGAACAUGUGUUAAUUCCCUUGAGAGUAAAAAAAAUAUGUAAACUUCACUGGUGAAACUCAUCAAUCUUAUCACAGGCUUUGUAGUGAGCUGUAUCAGACUGAAAUGAGGGUAUCUGCAUUUUUACCAGUCCAGAUUUAAUUAAAAAUAAAUGUUAGCUGAAUUGCAUAAAAGAAUUUUUGAAUGUAAUUAUAUGUGACUUCUUAAAAUAGAAGAUGGGGGGGUUAAUGCCUUAAAUAAUUAAGGUAACUUUACUGAGACCUGUGGUUAGCCCCACAUUGUACUUUUAUACAGGUAUCUGCACUCUGUAUUUUGAGACAUCGUGAACUGCACACUAAUGUAAAAAUGUAAAAUAUUUCUAGAUUUAAAAUAAAUCACUGUACAAUUUUA